ACCAAAAAUAUGCAGAACUGCUGUGAUUUGCAUCAGCCAAUGGUGCCAGCGUAUAUCAUGGUGAUGGAUUGAGGCAAAUGUCGAGCGAAAGCGGCCGUCCUCGGAAAGGGUGUCUGACAGCGAUGCUUCCGGAGUCCCCCGUGCCAGCCCCGCACAAGCACCCUCCCCAUGGCCACCCACCGCCACUUCUGCCGCUGUCAUAUCCCUACCCCGUCCCGCUGCUGCCCAUCCACCCAGUCGCACAGGUCUUCCCGCCACCUACGGCAGCAGCGGCCCGGCCCGCCCAAGCCCCCCUGGAUGAUGCGCAGCGGCAGGAAGCCAGGAGGCGGGCGUACCACUAUCGGCCGUAUCCGAUGUUGCCGCUGCAGAUGCCGCCUGUAUCGGCCUUGUGUGAGGCUCAGGCUCGGGUGCACAUGAUGUACCACACGGUGGGGGUGGCGGCGCUGGAGGCCAUGCGGGUGGGGUGGGAGGGCGAUUUGGCGUCCCGGUGCCUCACAAAGGUGCCCGAGGUGUUCCCGCGGGAGUUCGAGGAAGAGCUUGAUGUCGUGGUGAGCACGUGAUUCGAAUCAUAGUGGGCGUGAGUCGACUGGUCUGUGUGUGUUGGUUCUUGUGUGUUGAUUGCAGCGUGACUGUCGUGGUGCGCCUGAUGUGGUGGGCUAUGGUGCGUAUGGUGUAGUGCUGAAGGGCUGCAGGAAGCGCGAUGCCUCCAUGUGCGCCAUCAAAGUGGUCGAGCUGCAGCCACUCAUCGACAGGGACAUGAUGAAACAGGUCAGUGAGCCAGGGAGAGAGAGCACACACAUAACACGACACAGGAAUGGGCUGGCUGCUUCAUGUGUGAUGUGACAGCUGGAGAACGAGGUGACGAUUCAGCAGUCCCUGGAUCACCACAACGUCGUGCGGCUGCACCGGGUCAUCAAGGCGAGCAUCCCCGACCGCCUCCCGUCCCACCAACCACCAUGCGGUGGGAUGGGGGACGCCGCGGAGCAGUCCAUGAUGAUGACGAGCAGCCUGCCCACGCUGCCCCUGCAGCGGCCGGUAGCCAAGUGGUUCCUCAUUAUGGAGUGGUGCGACAAGGGGCCGUUCAUCACAUUCCCCUCCAGCACUUACUGGUGAGGGCGGCAGACGUGGAUGAGUGGAUGGAGUGAUACUUUGUGUGUGUGUGUCAUUGAUCGGUCAGUCGUUAUGGCGACACGAGGUGCCUGCCGGCAUGGCUGGCGGGGUGGUACCUGGGGCAGGCUCUCGACGGAGCGGCACACAUACACGACAAGUAAACCAUACAGACAGGCAGACACAAGGCAGACACAGGUGCAUGUUUGCGCUGAGUCUGCUCGUUUCUGGUCAGGGGAUAUACGCAUGCCGAUUUGAAGCCCGAUAACUUCCUGCUCAAGCGAGACGGCCGGCAGCACAUGAGGCCUUUCCCGACCCUCAAGAUCACCGAUUUCGGCUGGAGCGCCGCUGUUGAACAAAUCAGGUGCGUGGGUGUAGGUGUGAAAUGAUUCACCUGGGAUGAAUGUGUGUGUGGUGUGGUGUGAUUGCAGGACGGACAAGUGUGGCACGAUCGAAUAUAUGGCUCCGGAAAUAUUGCGGGGCACGCCGUACACCAACAACCCUGCCAUCGACAUUUGGUCGCUAGGUAGGUUACUUACAGCUCUUGAUUGAGAAAGCUCACAUUCCGUGGUGUUGGUCACUCCUGCGCCCACCCGUGCUGAACACUGUCUGUCAGGCAUAUUCCUCUAUGAGCUGCUCCGCGGCCACACCCCCUUUGCGGGCAAAACCGAACAGGCGAGCAGACAAACAAGCACGACGAUGUGGUCACCUGAUACACACACGUGUUUCCGCUUGCUUGCCUGUGCAGGAGAUCCUCGCCAUGUUAGGUGACCCCGACUGGCUUGAGAGGCUGUUCAGGCACCCGUGUGUGCACAACGGGCAGGUCUUGCCGGCCGUCCCUCCUCUCAUCGAGACCGUCAAGGACACACUGCGGAAGAUGCUGGCAGUGGAUCCCGCUCACCGACACACGGCCAGACAAGUGAGUGAACGAGCGAGCCAGGCGACACGCAAAAGCAACGAAAGACAAGUUCCUUCCCUCUCCCUCCCUCUCUCUGUCUGUUCAGUUGCUGGAGACGGACCCGUGGAUCCGCUUCUAUUAUUAUGACGUGCGUGAGCUGGGACCUCGGUCGGACCCCGCUGCCCACUACCCCCUGGGCGACCCCUUCGCCACCAACGGCAAGUACCCCCUCCCCGCCCCCUCCCCGGCACACACGCAGACCACACAGACCGACAGCGACGGCUCCCCGCCCACACACUACCCCCCCGACCCUCCCGUCCCACCUGUGGUCGACGUGGCCGCCGCACGUGUCGAGUCGAGUCAACAGAGGAAGGACAGCAAAGAUGGCGACGACAAGGGGCGGGGCAAUGGUGCUGGUGAUGGUGAUGGGAACGGUCAUAGAGGUGGCCAGCAGCAGCAGCAGCAGCAAUUUUUUGACUGCGAGGAGGGGACACGUGAGGCGGCGGGCAGCGUCUGAUCGGUUGGGCGGUACUCGGGGUCGCAUAUGUGUGUGCACAGAGCAUUUGUCAUGGUUUAGGUGCGUCUGCAUGAGUGGACAUGAGGGCGCGGGGGGCGUUUUGUACGUGCUGCUGUACAGCUCGCUGCAGCUCGGUGAAUGGACGUUUCUGAUUGUUGCGACACUUCAUGCGCCAAUGGUGCCAUUUGACAGAAAUCAAUUCAUU